AUGUUUAUCACCCAGCUGAUUUAUGCUCAACUUGCCGGUGCUUUCGGGAUCAGAGACUUUGAGGAAAAACUGCAGCUAGAAUUUAACAAAACAAGCGUUCCCCUUUCAUCACCAGAAUGUUUCUCCCCGUUUUUUGGGACGAAAAACACUUCAUCUUCAUGUCCCGACAUUUCCUACUGCUCCACCUCUCUUGAACUUGGUAUCUCUAACUCGACCGCCUAUCCGAAGCUCAUUUUUGCCGAAGAGUCAGUCUGGAUGGCCACUGAUCCGGAUUCCUUCAAAACCCUCGACCAAAAGUGGCUCAAAUGGCAGCUCUUGCAUCUCUGCUCUCCCGACGUUUGCGCUCUUACCGACGAGCUAGGAAACGUUCUGUCAACUUCAAAGAAAGAAGACUUUUUUAAAAGCCAAUACGAUGCCAUCAAUAUUUCUGAUUCUCUCAGCCUAUCGUCUUUUCCUUCCAAUUUCAUCGUCAUGUCUCCCAAUUUGACUGUCACAUCCACUGUGCCCGCCCAAAUCCAACCAUACAGCAGCAAUUCUUCCAUCCCCUUCUGUGCCCAAAACUUCUGCCCUUCGCUGGCUUUUGCAAAAUGCGAAUACUACUCGUUAUGCGUCAUGUGCGACGAUUCCUGCGCUCCUCUUGGAAACUGUCAAGUGUCAGCAAAGAGCAAGAAGGAUCCGAUUAGUCCGAUUCUAGUGGCCAUUAUAACGCUCUCGGUUUUUGUCGUUUUGGUGGCUGCUGGAUGCCAAAGACAUAAAAGUGAUGAACCGAGAGAGUGCGACUCGCCAAGAGAGGUGUGUUCAAUAGAAGAAGUAACCGAAGAUACAACCGACGAAAUCGAAGAUACUGGUAUCUUCCCUGACAAUCCAUCGCCCUCCCCAGAAGUUCCACUCAUAAAUAAUCCCCCUGCCAAAAAUGCUUACAACGAGUCAAGUGGCUACUCCAGCAUGACUACUGCCGAUCCUGUCGAUACCAGCAAUGGCAAGUUUGAGCUGUUCAGACUCGGAAUGGAUGUGGCAAUGAAAAAAGUUGGGUCGAAGGUGAAAACCGGCAUCGACCGCAUUUUCGACAAGACCCUCCAAGACCUCGUCCGAGGAGUUCGAAACGCAAAAGGUCACGAACGCGAGUACAUUUUGGAAGCAGUCGAGGAAAUUAGGGAGGAGCUGAAGAACCCGAAAUUAGAUGUGAAAUCGGUGGCGAUUUCGAAGCUCUGCUUCCUUCACAUGCUAGGAUAUGAGAUGGGCUGGGCGAGUUUUAAUAUUAUUGAAGUUAUGUCCUCGACUAAGUUGACCGAAAAGCGCUUGGGCUACUGGGCUGCCUCUCAAUCAUUCAACGCUGAGACCGAUGUUCUCAUGCUCUCAACGAAUUUGAUCAAGAAGGACAUCCUCAAAGGUUCCGAAUUCGAAGCUAGCGCUGCUCUCGGCGGUCUAUCCUGUUUCAUGACGCCUGAUCUUGCCCGAGACUUGACCGAUGAUGUCAUUUCGCUGAUGUCAUCUACCCGACCUCAUGUUCGAAAACGCGCUACAUUAAUAACUUACAAACUGUUCUACCACUACCCAGAAGCGAUGCGCGCUGCCAUGCCUCGUCUCAAAGAAAAGCUAGAAGACAAGGACCCAGGAGUGCAAUCUGCCGCUGUAAAUGUCAUUUGCGAGCUUGCAAGGAAGAAUCCAAAGAACUACCUGCUCUUGAGCCCGAUUUUAAUGCGAUUGAUGACCAAGAGUUCGAAUAAUUGGGUGCUCAUUAAAAUUAUCAAAUUAUUCGGAUGCUUGAUUCCCCACGAACCAAGACUGGGCAAGAAGAUUGAAGAGAAUUUGAAGACGCUAAUUAAUAAUACCAGCGCAAUGAGCUUGCUAUACGAAUGCAUCAAUACAUUGAUUCAGGCGAAGACAUACGCUCCUGCUGGAAAUGACAAUGAAGCGUUGAUACAACUCUGCGUGGAUAAGCUUAGAAUUCUUAUUGAAGAUAAUGAUCAGAAUUUGAAGUAUCUUGGGCUUCUUUCAAUGACUCGGAUUCUUGAAUCGCACCCGAAGAUUGUAAGCCAACACAAGGACAUAAUUCUUGCGUGUCUUGACGACAAAGAUGAAAGCAUUCGGCUUCGAGCUUUAGACCUCAUCAGUAAAAUGGUCACGAAAUCAACGAUAAUGGACAUUACAGCGAAACUACUCGACCACGUACGAAAGACUGAAAAUACAAUCUACCGAGAUGAGCUAGUUUCGAAGAUGAUCGACAUGUGCAGCCAGCAGGGAUUCGUUUUUAUCAAGAAUUUCGAGUGGUAUUUGAAUGUGCUUCUGGACCUGACGAAGAUUGAAUCAAAGGUGUCUUAUGGACCGAAGAUUGCCACGCAAUUGCUGGAAAUUACAGUCCGGUAA